AUGUUAUCAUUUAUGCUUAAUGCGCAUGAUGUCGUACGCCCACCCAAGGCCCCCAUCUCCAUGAAGCAAGACAACAAGCUAACACCCGCGGCCAGCCCGAGCAAAAUCGUCUCGACCUCCAACACCAAAUGUGCAAACUCGUCCUCAACGGCAGACUCGGCCUCGGCCCCGUCCACUCCCCCAAACACGUCCUCGACGUCGCCACAGACGCAGGCAUAUAGGCCCUCGAAUACGGUUCUACUUCCCCAAACAAACCCCCCCCAAAACCUCACCAACACAAAUCCCCUCCAAAAAGCCAAAGCCAACCCCCAAGCCCACGCCAUCGGCACCGACCUCUUCAUCAUGCAGCCGGCACUACCGCCGCGCCCAACGUCUCCUUUGUCCGGCAAGACGUCGAGAAGGAAGAGUGGAAGUACCCCCUUCCCCUGGAUUACAUCCACCUCCGCUACAUAUCCGUCCUGCGAAAGGCCCACGCCGCCCUCCGCCCAGGCGGACAAAUCGAGAUAUUCGACAUCGUCCUGCGCCGCCAGGGACGGCAGGGACAUGCAAAAGGCCGAAAAGUACAAGCAGUGGCUGGAGGAGAUUGGCUUCGUCGACGUGGUAGACGUCGAGCUCAUGGUCCCCGGCAACGCGUGGCCCGAGGACGACAGGAUGAGGGAGAUUGGCAGGCACCUCGUGCAGGUGCAGCCGGGGCCGCUUCUGAGCCUCGGGUCGUAUUUUGGAGCAACGGACCUGUCGGGCGUGUUGGAUGGCCUUGCUCCCGACAUGCUGAGGGACAUGGAGGAUGAGAGCAUCCGCCUGUGCUGGCCCAUACACGUUGUGUAUGGACGAAAGGCGCUCCAAGAUGAAUCCGCGUAA